AGCCAAUAUCAACUACAAACGCCACCAAGAAUCGACUUGCCUCAUAACCUGUACUACCAUAUAGAUUCGAGUGUUUGAAUAGCUAAAGAUACCUAAACUAGGUAGACAAAAUGUGUACCACAAGAGAUAACAACUCAGCACCCGGCAGGCUACCUCUUAGGCCGGUUUGCUUUAGGUGUUCUGGCUCCAAUAGUAGGCGCCGGCGGAACAAUCGAAUAUGAUCUAUCAUCUUCAAAUAGAAUCUAAAUGGGCUACUUUGUAUGCCCAAACCGCCUGCAUUACACAGUAAUUGGCCUAACCAAUGAUCGGACUGCAGCCGUCCUAUUUGGUUUCGGGUCAGCCUAACCACCACCAGGACUUAUAUCUCCGUUGCCUCGCAACAGCUUUAUUCUCUUUGCAUGCACGGGGUACAGCAUAUUCCCAUUCCCAUUACUUCGACUACCACUACAUACUGCCAUCCCCUCUUCUAUCUUAUUUUCUUCCAACUUAAAUCAUUUUUUCAACUUAGGCAGACAUUGCAUCGCGUAUUGCGUUUGUGUUCGAAACACCAUGGAUCUGCUUCAAGCUGUUUUUAACCACCUCGUGUUACCUCCUCGGUUGCCUGGGUCGCAGGAUCCAGACAUCGAGGCUGUAUCGUACGACGUCUUGACGCGCAUCAUCCGCGCCAGCGACACUCUUGAUAGCCUUGUGGGACCACCUUGGUCUAAAGCAUAUCAGUCUCUUCGUGCCUCUUUCGAAGCAUGCCUUCCUCUUCACUCCGGGCGUUUGGAUAAGUCGGUGCUUCUGGCCUAUUUUCGCGAACUUCAGCCAGACCAGAUGCUCAUCUUGCACGUUGCAGAGCAGAAUGCAGCUCUACUUAUCCGCCGCACAAAGCAAAAUGGAGAACAUUCCGUUGUGUUCGAGGCAUUCGAGACAUCAGCCGUCUCGGAGCAUGUUCUCGCUGCGGGACAUGCGUUACAGUGGGACUUCCCCGGCCGUUCAGUCCGGCUACCCCUUUCUUCAUUCGCCGAUGAACCAUUUCAAGAAUGUCUAGCAACUUUCCUGGAGCAGGCCAGUAUGGAAUCGCUUUAUAGCCUCCAGGCCUCUGCACAAAAAGCCAACGUCUCAAUUACUGAGAUUAGGGACACAACCGACCCAGCACUGAUUACUCAGAUGCUUAUGCCGAUCCUCGAGGCGAUGGGGAGCUACUACCAGACGCCUAUGCUCCGAAAGCGAGUCCGAGAUGAUGUUAACAUACAGGGUGCAGAUUUACCCUGGCGCCGGCUCCCAUUUUGGUUGGUCUUGCGUGUUGCAGCUCAACGGCACCUCUGCUUGACCCUUGGCAACGAACAGGGGCGUAUUUGUUACAAGCUCCUCAUAUGUUUGUUGCUAGCAGACUUACUAAAAGAAUCUGCUGGAAAGCUCAGCCCAGCCAUGGUUAUUACGCUACGCACUAAACUAUGUCGCCGCAUGGCGAAGCUAGAGAUGGACAAGACUAAAAGCACAUUACCCGAGUCGUUGUUUAGCCAGAUUUCUCCCUUGAUCGAAAAUGUAAUCCGGGAAGCGACCAAACAAGUUGAGAAUGCUUGGGAAUCUUUCAAGAAAGCUACAACACGGCGUGUUCCAGUGCUUCCUCUCCAUGCGGAUCACGCACUUGAUCUCUCUCUCCCUAAUAGUGGCGGCUACCUCGAUCGUCUCCUAUAUAGCCAGCCACCGCGAAAAGCCGGUAUAACAUCGUUGAAUCUUCCCCAACCACUUGAUAAAGCUAUCCAACAAACACAAGACUUCACGGAUCAUAUAUUCCGUCUUGCAGAUUUAGAGACUCGUGUCGAACACCAUGGGUUACCUGACCGGGAUAGUGUGAAAGGUAUUACGACUCGUUGUAUCCAGACAGCCAAGGAAAUUGAUGAUGUUUUUGCUGAAGUUGGCACGACUUAUGAGUCGGAUCCCGAGCAGAUGAGCUCUAUGAUUCUCACCUUGUUUACUUCAUGGGUUCGUUUGGAUAGAUGCGCUGUUACGGUGUGUCCUCUCCUUGAUGAUUAUCGACGUGUUUUUAGGCCCGAGCUCCUUGACGUCCUCCAGCUGCCUACGAUGUCUGAAAUGCGCCGCCUUCAGGACAUUCAAAUUUACUUAGCCCAGAAGAAUUCUAAAAGUCGCCACGGUACUAUAUUCGACAGGUUCGAUAACAACUCUCUAGCGGUGCGCUACGUUGCCCAGUCCGCCGAGAUGCGAUUGUUAGGUCUGCGCAUCCAGACUGCGUCCGAUCAAGCUCGUGAUGCCAAAGAAGCUGAAUGGAACAGGACCUGCAAACAGUACGACGAUCACACAGCAGGACUUGCAGAGGGAACUUGCUGCUGCUCGUGGAAAAAUGGGCAGCGCGAUGUGCGAGGAUGUAAGGCAUGUUGGCACGCGCGUGCUCGGAAGCGACUGCAGAUCGAAAUACAUGAAGCAUUUCUCCCUGAAAAUGAACCCGCCAGGUCUGUCUUGAUAUUCGAGCUGGCUAUCCCUCAUUACCUUUCAGUCUACCGGGACGCCACUUGGAAGAUCCUAUCGCUUCUAGCGCACCCAAGCCGCCCCAAUAAGUCCCCAAAUCCAGCGAUAGAACUCACAAACUGUCCACCGCUGCAACCUUAUAUGACAGCCGAAGCACGAGGUAUAUCUCUGGCGUCGUCCAUUAAAUGUUUCAGCCAAACGCACUACAAGUUCAAUAGAGGCAAAGCACCUCUUUCCCGUGUACUUCUUCCCCUCGCCGCAGAUUUCAGACUGUACGACCACGGUACUGGACUGUGGGUUAAUGAUUUAGAAAGGCCCCUAACAUUCCUACAUCUUUGUGCUGUUCAUACUCCCAGCGCACUUCAAGCCACGAUUAUACCGGUGAUACAGCACCCGUCGCCUAUUGUAGAUGGACCAUCGUCCUAUGAAGUCCAGGCAAACCAAGUCGAAUGCCCAGCUAACAUGUCUGUCCAUGAAUUCUCAGCAUACCAGAAGCUACUUGGCGGCAAUGUACGGCGUUGGCCCAACAUACUUGUUGAAAUGGGCUCUUCUAACCUGAAUAUCGGGAAUGAGGAUACGGCCCGUGUCCUUUCCCAGCUUGCCAUCCAGGCAGGCCCUCGACUACCGGAUGAGACACUACGGGCAGCUCACGUCAUUUUCAAGGAGGCUAGUUUCGUAGAGCGCUUAGCAGAGAUCAUAGAGAAGCGCCUUCGAGCUAUCUUGACAAACUGGCGAGAACAUCACUAUAUGGGACUUAUCAUUACACUUACUUUAAGGCUGUUUCACCUGUCAUCCGGUUCUUCUAGGGGUCGUGCUGAGGCUUUACUCAGAACCGCACGAAAUGCUACGUUGGAGUGGACUACUAGCCUUAGGAAAGAACUCCGUGUCGCUACUGAUACUGAUGCUGAUGCGGCGCAACGAAUUUCGACGUACGGUUUCUGUGCCGCUAUACUAUGUCGGCGAACUUUCGCGGUCUAUACUGAAGUCAACCAUGCCAUGAGUGCCGAAGACCUGAGCUCUUGGGUUUUAGCAUCAGUCGCCCUACAGGAGAAUUUGCUAGUCGAUGUUAACAAGUUACCUCAUGGUUUGAAGUCUAUGCUCCUGCGCGAUACAAAAAUGGCGUACCAUCUACAGUCCCUCCUCAUGACCGCCAUACAGGCCCACCCAGAUGCCGUCGGAUAUGGGAUAGCUAGGUGUUGGUCCGAUUCUUCAGAUAGUACCAAGUUGACCUUCUGUCAAUGGGAUUUUCUCCCUACGCCUCAUAAUCGUUGGAUUGUUGCCCGCGCGUCAGAAAAGCACUGGAAGUACACCAGAACCCAGACAGUUCAUUAUAAUUUCAUCGAAGGUCAUAUGCUCGUUAAUGGGAAACCCCGCGGCAAGUUGCCUCUUCAAAUUCAAGAGAGCGAAGAUGUCAAGGAGAUAUUUGGAAACCAGCACAUUCUAACGUACCCUUCUUCUUUACCGGGAAUGACGCAUCAACUUUCGAACCCCAUUGAUGACCAAGAGGUGCAUUUUGGGAUGCGCGAUGGUCAGGUCAUCAUUCGUGCUUGUACAUCAACCAGUGUUCUAGAAUUUAUUCCCAGAAGGAUUUUCACCAGUGCAAAGAGUUUCGACUUACCGACCGAAUUAACAGAGAACUGCGUGCAUUGGUUGAACUUCAGUACGAGAUGCCUAGAGAUUCGCCGGAUGCCUGUCAUUUGGAAAAAACGGCCGCGUGAUUGGGAAAUUGAUAUUCCUAAACGGAGAGCUAUUCGCGGCAAAGUGACUCUUGUCGAUCCACAGUCAAGCGUCUUCGCUCAGAUCGCAAAGACGCUCCAGUACUUCGAACAGCCAGAAAGGUUGACAGUCUCCCAGCCUUUAGUUGGAAAGCUACAAGUGGAACUGCGCCAUUUGGACCUAUCAUUCUUUGUAAACCGCAAUGGCUUCCUCGAAUGCCGACAGCUAAACGCAGAGAUUGAUCCUAAUCAAGAUGCGGGCACUUGGCAUGGCCUCCAGAGCAUGAUUGUGUUACGGGAUACGAUCUCUGGGAAACGAAGCAUAAUUAUACCUCUUGGGCAGCUCAACUAUAAUCGAAAUGGCAUGCAUGUUAAUGUGCGAAUAAUCGGCGCCCAAAAUUAUGGUAGAUACAAGAUCGAUGAUAUCCUCGGUCGGCUUUCUUGCCCUCCGGAACCUCGGCUUCUUUAUACGAAAGCCCUCUGUCAUGCCAUGACUUCCUUCUGCCUUCCCGAUGCUCUAACAGGGAGAACAGGUACAGAGGAGGCAUUCGCAAUCCUCAGUUCGGGCGCCUCUCAGCCUUGGGUACCGUUAGGGCCUAUUACGCAUCCGAUAUUAAGUGAUUUGGCGGCGCUGCCUCCUCGGAGGGUUUAUUAUCCACCCCCAAUGAAGCGUUUACAGACCGUAACAUGGAAUGAAAACCUGAACGCAACUAUACAACAUGAUGGGUUUGAGUCCCUGGUUCAGGAUAUCAUUCUUAAAUCUAACCAGCUCAACAAAUUUGCCGGGAUUGUUACAACAGGCAUUGAUUCUGAGGAGGCAACGCACCUUCGUAACCGUGGCAAAAUGCAACGUCAACUUUACGAAUGUCCAACUCUAGAUACAUCUAGUCAAGUUUAUCAAGACACUGUUUAUAUCCCUCGUGAUCGCAGGAAAACGUCUAAAGCUGUCCACGUGUAUGAGACUGCUCGCCACAUCCUUACAGGCUCGUCUUCCCUAGAGAUGCGGACUACUCUUAAGACACUUCUCGAGUCCAGCGAAGUUAUUGGCGGAUUCCACGGCGAUAGCAGCUCGCUUAUCGGUGCAGAGCCACUUAUCAGCCAAAUCGAGGAGUCUGUAUAUGAGAAAUGGGGGUCUCUUGUACAAUUCUGUCGUCACGCAGAUCACUCUGCACCUCUACUCUUUCGCCUCGGGCUACUAGCUUUCCAUACCAACUCCAACAUGGACUUGAUCCGCUCUCUUGCUGCCUUUUCCCUGGUCCGCAAGAUCAAGUAUCUGGAACCGCCUCCUUAUGGCAGCUUCUUUGAUUUCAAAUCUCGUGAACGACCCUCAACUGAGCUUUUACAGACGCUCAUAGCCUCAGCUCACAUUGCAUUUGAACCAAAGGCUCGCCGUAGAAGUGAAUGGAAAGAUCGAGCUGGACGAAAUGCCGAAGAGCACCAGGACUUCUGUGAAAUUCAGGGUCGGCUGCUCGCCGGUCGUCUCCUAGAACAGUGGCCUGUUCCAAUUGAUGAACUAUCCACGGAAACGUUAGGAAUUCAGGUCAUCAAUGUCCCCUUAGCAUUGGACAAGAUACGUCCUGAAUGGGACCGUAGGCUAGAAAAUAUCGAACUCGAGGGCUAUAUUGACAGAGUCCAGGCAGUUUUAAACUCACUUAAAGGUCCACGAGAUUCAUCUGCGCUGCUUAACUGGACGGACGUCAAUCCAGUGUUUACGGGCCGAAAGAAUUCUCGAGUUAUCCCAUCAGUGGCUCAAGACUUAGUGACUAAAGCCGGACCCAACCUAGACAAUACGAUAGCCGGCAUUCAGUUAGGCACUGGAAAUGAGUCCGCGUAUAGCGGGACUUGGGGAUCGCCAACAAGGGACCUAUUCAACGAAGCCACAGAAUUAGAGGCCAUCUUACGCAGGUUCGCGAGGUCCGCCAACGUUAUUCGGCAGAAAUACGGCAAUGAUCUUCUGCAGAGUCUAGCUGCAUUGAAAGACACAGGCCAACUGAAUGCUCAAGGUUCAGUGCCGGCUCUGAAGGAGGUUAACCACGCAAUAAAGCGAGCUCGCCUCACGGUUUCGAAAUAUCACGAACAAAUCUAUGACGCUCUUGCCAGUGAUGACCACCGAUUCCAAUGGCUGCGGCUUGGUGCUAUCUGGCCUUGCACAUCGCCGACCGAGAUGCUUAUAUUCCUAAGAUCUACAUCAGCCUACGACUUCGGGGUCGGGAUGAAAAAAGCUCUAGUUUCGUACGGAGUAGCUGUUACAAGUCUACAACGACUGGAGCGGCUCCGCUCCGCAGUUCUGCGCGGGGAUCACCGAGCAUCUGAUGAGGAAUUGCGUAACCCAGGUCAUCAGAACUGGUCGCCAUUCAAAUCGACAGACUGGCUCUUGCUCGAAAUUGAUAGCGACUUUCUUAUACGAGCCGAACAGGUGGAUGUUGCGUGUGCCAUGAUAGCGCCGAAAUCUGGUCAGAAUAGUGUGUUACAAAUGAACAUGGGCAAAGGAAAAACAUCGUGCAUUGUGCCGAUGGUAAUAGCCGUCCUAGCAGACGGUAAAAAUCUUUCGCGCUUAAUUGUGCCAAAAGCGCUUCUCAUGCAGACAGCACAGACCACCCAGUCGCGAUUAGGAGGUCUUGUAGGGCGUGAGGUUCUUCACAUUCCUUUCUCGCGGAAGACCCCGACAACCCCUGAGAUGUUGGAGCUAUACGAGAGGCUUCACCGGCUUACUCGUACUCGUAGAGGAUUAAUUCUCACGAGCCAUGAACAUGUUCUGUCAUACAAACUAGGCGGGUGGCAGCAACUCGCGGACGGCAAAUUAAAGGCAGCAAGAAGUAUGAACAACUUCCAGCGUUGGUUAGACGAAAAUUGCCGGGAUGUUCUGGACGAAUGCGAUUUCACCCUUGCGGUUAAGACGCAACUUAACUACCCCAGCGGGCCCGAGAUGGCUGUUGACGGUCACCCAUUUCGAUGGCAAGUCGCCCAAGAGUUGCUUGCCUUGGUGGCCAAUUAUCUUCCGAACUUGACAAAAAGGUUUCCAACAAGUAUUGAGGUAUUAUCGCGCUCGGGAUCUUUUCCGAUCCUGCAAUUUUUGAAGAAUGAUGUGGAGGAGGCGAUUCAUGACUACAUACUAGAAAGUAUCUGUAGGGGACAAACAACCUUUCUUCGUCCCGCAGAUUCAAGUUUCCGGGGCCGGCAGGGGAUAAUUCGGCGAGUCCUAUACGAGCCGAAGUUAGACGAACGUAUUUUCAUGCAGGCAGUUAAUGCGUUCGUCAACCCACAAGCGGCGUCGAAGAUACUCCUUCUAGUCCGAGGCCUCCUAAUUAAUCGGAUCCUCCUUCUUUGCCUCAACAAGCGAUGGAAUGUUCAAUACGGCCUUCAUCCUAAACGUGAUCCUAUCGCAGUGCCCUUCGAAGCUAAAGGUACUCCGUCCGAGCAAUCCGAGUUCGGUCAUCCAGAUGUGUCCAUAUUGUUCACCUGUUUAGCAUUCUAUUACACUGGUCUUACCUCCGCGCAGUUCCGUCAGGGGUUACAGUACGUUCUUCAGUCAGAUGAUCCAGCCGCACAGUAUGAGCUGUGGUCUUCCGGUUGUGACAGUUUGCCGGAGGCAUUGCACCACUGGAAUGUAAUAAACAUUGAUGACGGAGGGCAGCUAGAGGAGCUAUGGAACCAUUUGCGUCUGAGUCGAAUCGUCAUUGAUCAUUAUUGUAACCAUUUCGUCUUCCCGAUCCAUGCUAGGCAGUUCGAAAUCAAAUUGCAGGUUUCGGCGUGGGAUAUCCCACUAUUUUCAAAGGAUCAACGUGGUGCUAGGACGACGGGUUUCAGCGGCACCAAUGACAGCCGUAUGAAUCUUCCUUUGACCAUCCGACAAGACGACCUUUCUAGCCUGCAGCAGACAAGCGCAGAGGUUCUCUCAUACCUUCUACAACGAUGUAACCGAGGUUACCAGGUUACUGCAGACGCUCAAGGCAAGCGAUUGACUGAGGAAGAUCUGCUAUAUCAGCUGCAUAGUAAAAGCAUCCGCACCCUCAUUGAUGCCGGAGCCUACAUACUCGAGAUGGACAAUAAGACGGUGGCUGAGAAGUGGCUAGGAAUCGAUAACAAAGCCGUCGCUGCCGUCUAUUUUGGCGCAGAUAAUCGUGCUUGGGUGCAUUAUCGGGGAGAUAAAAAGAACGACGUUCCGCUCUUAGCCACUCCCUUCGUAGAUGAUCUUCGGAACUGUGUUGUUUAUCUGGAUGAGGCGCAUACACGUGGUGUAGACCUGAAGCUGCCACCAGACGCCCACGGUGCAUUGACGCUGGCACUGAAGCAAACUAAAGACUACACUAUGCAAGCUGCUAUGCGCCUCCGCCAGCUGCGUACCACCCAGUCAGUUAGUUUCUUUGCCCCUCCUGAAGUUGAUCAGAGCAUCAGGGACUUUUGCCGCCCAGCAAAAGGUACGAGCAUCGACUCUUCUCAUGUCAUCGCUUGGCUUCUUGAGCAAACAUGCUGUGUAAAUGAGGAUCUGCAAAGCCUAUACGUAGCGCAAGGCGUCGACUUCUGUCAGCGUACGGACGCGAUUUGGCGCUAUAACAACUUCCUUGCAGAUCCGGCACAACGCGCAAAACUGCUGGAGACAAUACAGCAACCGGAGCGCCAGACAUUAGAGCAGUUGUAUGGCGGGGCUCUAGCAGGUUCACGGAUAGGCACCGUGGACCGCAUGUCUACUCCACAGUUGCAGAAAUUCGCCGACCAACUUAACCAAUCCUAUGGAGAGCGCGGCCCUCUUCACGUAGGUGCUAUGGAAGAGGUCGAACAGGAGCGCGAGCUUCAAGUACAAGUUGAACAGGUGCGCCAGACACAGAAGCCGCUCCGGUACGAAGCUCUGACAUUCCCGGGCCUCCAUCCGGUUGUCUCAUAUUUCGUGCGUACGGGGGUGCUAGAACAUACGUCAUCGAAUCAGAACGAGGCCGCAUUCGAACACGCAUUUACAUAUGUAGCAAGGACUACUCUGGGAAAGCAAUUCCACGUACGAGAAACCGACUCGCGAAUCUUCGUGUCGACGGAAUUCGGGCGAACGGUUAAGUGUAAGAAGAACAACGUGACUGACAACUUCAUGCGUCCCGUGGAAUGGAUCCUCUGGAGUCCCUCAACACAGACCGCGUUGGUUAUUAUUCCCGAGGAGGCUGAGUCGUUGAUUCCCUUGCUUCGUACCAAUACCCGCUCCCCGCGCGUCCACUUAAUUGCCUACGCAGCGCCUGUUACGAAAACUAUGGAAAUCUUCAAUACUUUCAAGUAUUACAGUCUUCCGGCGCUACCACCCACUUACAAAUUCCCGCAGUGGUUCAGAUUCGAACUGGGUAUACUGAGUGGCCGACUGUAUGUUAGCUUGGCUGAAUGGGACCCGCUAAGCCGUUACAUACGAUCGUCGUUUGAUGAGGCAGGCGAGUCGUCUAAAGGAAGCGCAGAUUCAAAGCAGGCGAAUGGAGUAACGCCCGCCCCAUUUGCGGACGAUCCGUCCUCUUUCCUCCUCGAGUGGCUCACGCUCCUUCGCAAGACGCAGGAUGUCUUACAUACGCCUAUGGGUUACAUCUGCACUGGACGUGCACUCGGGGGGCCGAGCGAGUUCCAGGAGUCGUUAUCGUGAUUAUUUAAUCGCGGUUAAACUGACAUAUUGAACUGCAAUGUUGUGGAAAGCACGGAAAUGCCGUCUUUGAAUUUACUGCAGUUUGUACU